AUGGCCCCAAACAGAGUUUGCACCCUUGUUGCUGCAUGUUGCAUGCUUCACAAUAUUGCCAUUGAUUACAAUGGACCCAUGGGGUAUGAUGACAAGAAUGAAGACGAAGUAGACCUUGGCAAUAACGACCAAGGUGCAAGCAGGGGAGAUGGGUCAGAAGCCAUAUUACAAACACAUAUUGACAUAUUUUUUAUUCAUGUUUCAAAAAAUCGUAAUUCAAAUUUCUAAUUGCCAUAUAUUUAACUUAAUAUUAUUUGUAUUCUUUACAUAUAUUUUAAAAAAUAUUCUCAAUUUAUAUUCAACAAUUUCAUACAGAAAGUUGCUUAAUUAAUUAAACAUUUGGAAUCUAAUAUACCCUGCUGUAGUAUUAUUUUUCAAAAAAUAAGCAUAACAACGCACAACAUACAAAAGAUGCAACAAUGUAGUAAGAUCUAAAAUUGGAGACCUUGGUUUUAAGCAUAUAAUACACCCUUUUGAUAAUUAUGUCAUUUGGCCUGGGAGCCUCGCUCUCAUGAAUCGUGAGCCAAUCACCUUGCAUAAUGUACUAAUGAAAUGGCGCCAGGCUCCAAGACCAAAAAGAUUGUGUGACAUAAUUAUCGGAAGGGUGUAUUGUGUGGCAUGCAUAUAUUCAAUGGGUAUAAUAUACCUUUAAAAUAUAAACAAACUGAACUUGUCAUUCAAAUUACAAGUGCUGCCUCUUCUGCUUCUUUAACUUCCAGUUUUAGUUUUUUUUAAUGAGUUUUGCAUUUUCUAAUUCAACUGAAAUCUUCUCCCUCUCUAAUUCCAAAAUCUCCAUCUGCAUCCUCUGCAGGUCUUGCGCUGUUUCUUUUUUUGAUAGGGCGAGUAGUGGGAAGUACAUGUGUUUGGUUAAAAGGAUUUGUUCUUGGCAAUCGUACUUGGGGCUAAAGUAAUUAAAUCAACAUUGAUUGUUGAGAUGGGGAUGGUGGGGCUCAUUGGUGGUGGAUCAUCUCCUGCCAAGGGCUCACUUUCAAUCAAUUCUCAUGAUGGUUGGUUUAAUAUUACAAAUGGGUCAUCGAAAAGGUUGUCAGGAUUGAGUUCAGUUGCAUCAGUGACAGUAUUAAUAAGCUGCUUAUAAUUUCCUGACAAAUCAAUUUACUUUUAUAUAAAUGUACACAAACUGAUUAAGUAAAGGGGAAGUCAGAGUUCAGAACAACUUAGGCUGAUAUAACCAAGUCGAGAAAUAAAGCGAUAAAUGUGCUAAAAUUUACAUAUAACGCAGCUUCCAUCUUGUACAUCAAAGCGAAGCUGCGAUCACGCAGCGGUUUUACCUUGUGACGUCAUUGCGCGGUUGGCUUUCCACGGCAGACAGGCUUUAGUACUUUAAUUUUCUGAUAUACAUGUAAACAAAGACGAAAUAGUAUUUAUAAAUUUAAGAGAAAUACUGUAUCAAGAGAAAUGGAUAUUUAUUCACCCCCAUCGAAUCUUCGAGCAAUGGUUCUGGAAGUAGUGGACCGAGUUAUAGCGAAGAUAUGAACGUCGAAAGAGACGUAAACAUGAUUCAACCUUACGCGUUUGAACCGGUUGAAACAGACUCGAGCGGUGACCAUGAAGUCUCGGAAGAAAUGGCUUCGGAAUCUUCGUCAAGUUCUGACAAAACCACCAGACUUCAGGACACGAACUGGUAA